GACACAUUUCCUAAUCGCAAGCUUCCUCUGGCUGCGCAUCUCACCCAUCUUCAACCAGCGACACUACACUCAGGCUGCAGACCUGCGUCGCUUUCUUUUACAACCUCUUACCUGCAGGCGUGCCUGGUUCUUUCACCCGUCCUGGGUGUGUUCUUUUCUUGUGACGCCCACAACUACGUUCCUUUCAUCUCCCAGUCGCAGCCUGCUGGCCGCUCCCGACCACUUUUGCGAGCUCUUGCCUCGCCCCUCGCCUGCACGGCGCAACCCCGACCAGCAUUGAUCGUCACCAGUCCACAAAUCGGCGACCAUGUCUAGCUACGAUUAUGACACGGACGCGUCCAUGUGGCCGUUCUUCGCGUUCACGGUCACAGCGAUCACGACACUCCCAGCCACAUACUUUCUCCUCAAGGGAUCUAUAAACGACCCCUCGAAGCUGUUCCCCCGGGUUCAGACGGACUACAAACCCAAACAUGCCGACCUCGUCGCUUCACAACGGGCCAAGGACAGGAAACAAAACAGGCGGCUGGGCCUGACAUUGUUUGUCCUCCUGGGGUGGGCUGUUAUGGCCUACACCCUCUAUCUCAUCCAUUAUGUCGAGACGCCCGCCAUCCAGAGGGUGUGGAAUCCAUAUGACAUCCUGGGCAUCAGCGAGUCCGCCACCGAAAAGGCCAUCAAGUCUCACUACAGGAAACUGUCUUUGAAGUUCCACCCCGACAAGGUCAAGCCCGACCCAGCCAAGAACGAGACAAUCGAGUCGCUGAACGAUCGCUACGUCGAAAUCUCAAAGGCGUACCAGGCGUUGACCGACGAGGAGGUGCGCAACAACUACAUCCAGUAUGGCCACCCGGACGGAAGGCAGAGCAUGAGCAUCGGUAUCGCCCUGCCUAAACUGAUGGUAUCGGACGGCAACGGCAAGUAUGUCGUGCUGGUCUACUUCCUACUGUUCGGCGUCAUGCUCCCUUACUACGUUGGAUCCUGGUGGUACGGCACUCAGCGGCGAUCCAAGGAGGGUAUUCUCAUGGAGAGCGCCAACAGCCUGUUCAAGGAAUACAAGAACGAUGUCGACGUUGGCGGGGUCAUCACCGCACUGAGCACUGGAAAGGAAUUUGCCGCUGUUCUGAAGGGUGACAAGGCAGACGCUGGCCUCUCGAAGAUCGAGUCGCGCAUCCUCGCUCCGGGCGAAGGCCUGUCCACCGCAGCCGGCCUUUCGCCCAAGGAGAGGGAGGCACUGGAAGACCUCGACAACGGGGUCAGGAGGAAGACUCUGGCCCUCCUGUGGGCUUACCUGGGCCGUGUCGAGCUGGAUGACCCGGCCCUGGAGAAGCAAAAGUUCGAGGUUGCGCCCAUCGCCGAGUCGCUGGUCAAGUCUUUCACUGCAAUCGCUAUCGCUUUCGGAUUCACCGCUCCGAUUCUCGCCUCCUUCCACGCCAGCCAACGGCUGAUCCAAGCCCUGUCCCCGGUCGCUUCUCCUCUCCUGCAACUUCCCUUCUUCACACCUGCUAUCGCCAAGGCUGUGGAUGGUGACUCGAAGGUGCCUACCACCCUGCAAAAGUUCAUGGACCAGCCAGACUCCAAGCGACGAGCACUUGCCGUUGGAAAGGGCCUGCUCACUGAGGAGCAGUAUAAGACUGCAGUCAGUGUCGCCAAGCAACUACCAUACCUGCGAGUCGCAAAGGCUUUCUUCAAGGUCACCGGCGAGCGCUUCAUCAUCCCGUCCUCUCUGGUCACUCUGGUUGUGAAGGGCCGUAUCAUCCCCCCUGGCUCCGAGAAUGUCCCCGAGGUCAACGAGCUUGACCUUGUCGAUGUGGACCCCGCAGAAGAUGACCUGGACGCGAUCCUGGGCAAGAAAAAGAAGACUGUCAAGGGCGCCGACGGAAAGCCGGUACCCGUAGUGGGUGACGAUAAGCCAAUCCUGCCCUCUCUGGCGUUCUCGCCGUACUUUGGUCGUGAGCACUCUCCUAGGUGGCACGUAUUCCUGUCAGACUCGAAACAAGGAAAGAUGGCCGUGCCUCCCUUCACCUUCACACAGUUCGACGCCCCGAUCUUCGAGGAGGAUGGAAAGACGCCCACGUUCAACAUGGUCACGCUCAAGGCGCAGUUUGCCGCGCCGCCACAGGCGGGUCACUACACGUUCGUUAUGCACGUAGCCUGUGACAGCUACGUAGGCUUUGACACGAAGAUGGAGGUGACCCUCGUGGUGGAGGAGGCGAGCAAGGCUGCGGCAAUGGCGGCCGAGGACGAGAUCAGCGAGCCAGAUGAAGAUUCUAUUGCUGGUAUAAUGAACGCGGCCAAGGGCGGUGCACCACCACCACCAAAGAAGAAGAAGCCUGCCGAGGAGGAGUCUGACGAGGAGUCCGGCACGGAGGAGGAGGAAGAGGAUACAAGCGCGACUAAUACGGAUACUGAGCCAGAGGACAACAAGUGAGAGCGUUGCAUAGAGAGAGUUUUCAAAAGACAACAAAGAGGUGCUCGCGUCUGUCCACCAUUCUGACAUUUCGCGCGCCCCCUAUUCUGUCCUCUUCCCAAGCAGCCCAUCCCAGGUAGCUGAAAUGUAUAUUCCCCCUCACUCCUACUGGUCACGGCCGCGAGAAAUAGAGAGACGUCUGGCCGGAGCCGUAGGGUGGAUGAGAGCUGGGUUGGCUUGCACAUGGCGUUCUGAGGGUUGGGCAAUUCAUUAUGCUAGUUGGUAGUUCAUAAAGGGGCAAAGCCCGGUUUUGUUAUACACUUGUCUGUGUUUUGAAA